AUGGCAUCGGCAGCUGUUCAACUCCCAACUACCCAUGAGCCUCAAGCUCAGAGAGCGCCUCUCCUUCCGACUUCAAACGCACCACAUCAUGUGCAGACCACUCUUAAUUUCCUCAAAGAGAAUGAGGAUGGCUCUCCUCCGGCCCCGACUUACGUCGGUAAGCCAGAGACCUACGACCGGCCUUCGGUGACGCUGCCUGUUACCAUCCACGAUGUCAGCGGCCACGAGCUGGAGUACACUCUGGACAAGAACGGGUUCCAGUUCUACUACCACGAAAGCAAGGAGAAGGACUUUGUCGACAACGAGAAGAUCAAAGCCGAGUACUACCCUGAGGUAGAGCAGCUGCUCAAAGAUGCCACCGGCGCAUCCAAAAUCUUCAUCUUCGACCACACAAUCCGCCGCCAACCGGAAGACGCACGCUCUUUCGCGGCCCAACUCCGCGGUCCCGUCCAGCGCGUCCACAUCGACCAGUCCUACGCUGCAAGCAAAGACCGCGUCUCCUACCACCUCCCCGACGAAGCCCCCGAACUCCUCAAAGGCCGGUACCAGAUCAUCAACGUCUGGCGGCCGAUCCGGACCAUCCUCAAGGACCCGCUAGCCGUCGCAGACGCGCACUCCGUCCCGGACGAUGACCUCGUCCCGACCAAACUCAUCUACCCGAACCGGGUGGGCGAGACGUACACGGUGCGACCGAAUCCAGGCUUCAAGUGGUUCUUCCGGUAUGCGCAGACUCCGGAGCUGGUGACGCUGAUCAAGUGCUUUGAUUCCAAGACGGAUGGGCGGGCGAGAAGAGUGCCUCAUUCUGCAUUUGUGGAUCCGGCGACGGAGGGUGAGGCGCUGAGGGAGAGUAUCGAGGUUCGGGCCUUGGUGUUUCAUCCGGAGGAUCGGGAGUAG